AUGCCUUCGUCCUACACCUCGCAGCAGAAGACCGCCAUCAGCGAAUUUACCGGUGUGACUCAAGCGGACAAGAGUAGUGCAGCCAAAUUGCUUAAGCAGUUCCACUGGAAUGUCCCUUCAGCAGUGAAUGCCUACUUUAACAACCCUUCCUCAAGCAACGCCGCUCCAAACCGCAAAGCCCUCAACGCCAUCUUCGACACCUACCGCGAUGACCCACGAAACGAGCCCGAUCAGAUCAACGUCGAAGGUUCCGGCAAUCUCCUCGGCGCAAUAGACAUCCCAUUAGACGACGUAGGCGCUCUCGUCCUCUUCGAAAUCGUCAGAUCAACAAGUCUAGGCGUCAUCACACGUGAAGGCUUCCUCGAGGGUCUCGGCCAAGCAAACGCCGACUCCCUCCCCAAAAUCAAAACCCUCGUCCUCCAACAUCGCUCCGCCCUUCCCACCGACCCGACCAUCUUCAAGAACGUCUACGUCCAGACUUUCAUCCUCGCACUCACGCCAAACGCCAAAACGGUACCCUUAGAAACCGCGAUAGAGUUUUGGCGCAUGAUAUUCGUGUCUCCUUCAUUCGCAUGGCGGACGCCCUCAAGUCCGUGGCUAGAUUGGUGGUUGGAGUUUCUAGAAGAGAAGAAGACCAAGGCUGUGAACAGGGAUUUGUGGAAGCAAACACUUAACUUUGCGAAUGAGACGAUGAAGGAUGAGAGUCUAGGGUUCUGGAAUGAGGAGAGCAGUUGGCCGAGCGUCAUCGAUGAGUUCGUGGGGUGGGUGAAGGAGGAGAAGAGGUCUGGUGCCGACGCUAUGCAGGUAGAAUAG